AUGCCUCGUAACCCCGCUGUCACUGUGCUGGCGAGGCAAACCCUGAAGACGGCAUACGAUGAGCUUGAGCGCACCAUCACUCCAGGAGACAAACGAAACUUUGGCAAUACGACCCUGCAGCAUGUCCGAAAGACAGCCCUUGACAUUGAAAAUCAGCUUGCUGCUCGGCAAUCACUCCGCAACAUGCGCCGUCUCAUGCCCCUCUUCCGAGGACUUGAACAUUACUCCAAGGUUGUUGAUAUUCUCUGUAACGGCACUCCCUAUUUACCGUGGAUAUGGGCACCUAUCACUCUCAUCCUGCGGAUAGCCUCGGAGUAUGUCGAGGCGUUUGAAAAGAUCAUCAAGGGUUAUUCGAAUAUCGCCGAAUCACUCAAGCGAUUUGAGAUCCUCGGCGAUGCAUUUCGUGGCGAGCCAGAGUUCCACAAGACGCUUGCCGUCUUUUACGCCGACAUUUUGGAAUUCCAUAAGAAUGCAUACAAAUUCGUUCGAAGAAGUGGCUGGAAACUCAUGUUUGUCACGUCCUGGGGCCGUUUCGAGAGCAAGUUCAACAAUAUUCUCGAAGACUUGAACCGACACGGCUCUUUGAUCGACCAGGAAGCAAACGCUCUCGACAUUGCCGAAGCAAGAAAGAUGCGAGAAGAUAUUCGAUCCUGGAGAGAAGAGAGCCAGAGCCAACUCGACCGCGAGCAGGCCGAGAAGAGCGCGAAGCAGUUUGAGGCUACCGCAUCGUGGCUCAAGAUCAACGAAUCAGAUCAGCUGACAAUCUUUGACUCGAUAAUUUCAGAAGUAGCCGAACAUCAAGGAACUUGCGCGUGGAUCUUGAAGAACCAAAAGGUCCGCUCUUGGCUUCAAGACAAGCCAGAUACUCCAGCACUUUGGUUGCAGGGAUCGGCUGGGACUGGGAAAAGUGUCCUAUGCACACAGCUCGCAAUCUUUAUGAAGGCAUCCAACAGCUUUACCAUCCACCACUUUUGCACCUACCGCUACGCGUCUUCGACCGCGUAUGAGCAGAUCCUGAAGUCGUUGAUUCUUCAGCUUGUUCGAAAGGACGGCGAUCUGGUCGCCCACGUCAACGAGGCAUACGUCUUGGAGAAAAAGCCACCUACAACUGUAGCUCUUGAACAGCUCUUUCAAACGCUUCUUGCCAACAUGUCCAGCCGGCCCAACCAGGAAGAGCUCCGACAGCUUGACAUAGGGCAGGCUGAAAUCGAAGAGAUCCGGACAGUGAUCGUGGAAAAGGCUGACGGAAUGUUUCUCUACGCCCGGCUUGUUAUGGACUAUCUCGCGACCAACAUUUUCUACAGUGGUGAUGAAAUCAAGCAGUCGGUGAACGAACUGCCAAGGAAGCUCGCAGAUUUCUACUAUAAGAUCCUGACCCAGAUUCUGGUUCAGUUGGACUCUCGCUCCGUGGACCGUGUGAGAUGCAUUCUCGGUUGGGUUGCGUUUGCGGAACGACCACUUCAGAAGCUUGAAUUACUUUCUGCUAUCAGUUUCAGCCCCGGUGAUCCUAAGAUUAAUCGUUUGGCGCCUCAGUACAUCCUAGACAUCUGCGGGACUCUGAUCGAGGAGAGAAGGGAUUCAACCCUAGCGUUCAUCCAUAUCUCCGUGAAAGAGUUCCUCCAAAGCUCUUCAAGCAACAUCGUCAUCCACAAGCAGCAAGCACUUCGUGAACACGGCGUAGCCACAGUCACUUGUCUUUUAUCUGGUUUACGACUCUUUGGAGGCGAAUUCUCUGAACACGACAGAGUGCUUCGGAUAGGCAAGGGACUUCACGGGUUUCAUGUCUAUGCUACCGAGUAUUGGACAGAGUACUUGUUGUCCCAUAUAGCGAGGGCUGAUGGCAUCGACACAAAUUCUCCUGAACUACUGAUGAUCCUUGCUUGUCAACUGGCGGAUGUGGUGAAAGAUUCGAGUCCAGAAAUGGCUGUUGAGAACGAUGGAGGAACAAGUCAGCUCGACGAGCGCCUCCCAGCUCUACGGCAAUACCCAGCACUCUACAGAAUCCUGCAAGAGAAUGGUAACGUCUCGAGGGAUCUCGACACCCUCGGCAUCCUCGAAAUCUAGUUUCAUGUCAGAAAGCAUCACUGCUUUGCUGGCAUCGUACCAAGGUGCUGUCAUGUCCCUGGUUGACCACGAUCACUUCCCGGGCCUCACCAGAGAUGAGUUGGAACUGUUUAGAGCUCAUUUUGGAACGGCUGCGCUCACAUGCCGGCUGGGGUCCUGCCCAAGGGCUACCGUUGGCUUUGAGACAGAGAGGCUUCGGUCAGAUCACGAGAUGUCACACGUCAGAUGCUUUCCAUGCACAUUCUCGGGCUGUCAGUACCCUCCUUUUGGGUCAGCCAAGGCCCUGAAGAAGCACACGAGCACGCAUCACGCUGUAGUGACUGGUAGAAAAACGAUUCGCAGGACUGGAUCCAGACGUGUUCAACGUGGCCAACAGCAGUCGACACCCUCUUCAUUCGACCAGUAUUCCAUGGCAGCCCUGACGAAGAAGGUAGAUGAAAGAAGCCCGGUGCCACCACCACCACAUGUUGGCCCACUUGCCUCAAGGACGACUACAGAGCAGUACAUGGCUGGACCAGCUCCCCCGUCCGCCGUGCACGCUGGCCCUGUUCCUAGCAACCCCCCCUUGGUUCAGCAGUGGCAUUUCCCCAAGCCCAACGCGCGCACGCAAAAGAAUCUCAUCGACAUUGACGACAUCCUUGGCCAGAUGCAAGACACUAUCUACGAGAACGCCAGCCAUGUUACUGCUGGCGCUCAUGUCCACGGCGAGGGUUUUAACGGCUACCGCAAUACUCCUUCGCCUCCUACUUUUUACCGAUUACCGGAAAGCAUUCCCGUGACAGCCGACGUCUCACGGUCCGUAUCUGCGGCCACCAUGGCUUCACCCAGGGAAGAAGAUGGUAAUGGC